AUGAUGACAUUUAAUAAGAUUUCUGUGUAUCUAUUCAUUUUGCAUGUUCCUAUUUUUUUAAUUAAUAUUUCGUGCAAUGUAAUUAUAAAUAACAAUAAAUCGAACUCAAAUGUAUCAAAAAUUGAUAAUUUGAAAAAAGAAAAUGAUGAUGAUAUUUUGAACGUUAAUAAUAAGGGGAAAAUGAGGAACUUGUUUCUGGAAAUUCGGAGGAAUUCAAUGAAUGAUUGGAAUUACAGAAAUAUAAAAAAUGCUUCAGAAGCUAAUACUGGAGUAUAUGUUCCUCCUAGGAGAAACAAAUUAUGUCUUUUAGAUCUUGGCAAAACGCAAAAUGGUAUAAAGGAUAUGAAUAAAUUCAAAGAGGAACUUCUUAAAGUUGCUUCAGGUGAAUCAUAUUCCUUAAUGGAAUAUUUUAAGAACGAACCUUCAAAUGCAUUAGCUGCAUUAGAUUAUAGUUUUGCUGACUUAGGAGAUAUUGUUAAAGGAACAGAUAUGAUGGAUAAUAAAUAUACAAG